AUGAAAAGCACCCACUUGGAAAAAGAGGAGAGGGGGUACUUCACAUCCCCUUCCUCUAACUUCCGUGGUUCAGGCGGGAAAUCUAGCGAGACGAGAAACAUGGCGUCUAAAUACAAUCGAACAAUUGAGGAAGUUCUGUCUGUUUUAACUAAUGCCAAAGUGUCGGAGAAAGACUUGACACCUGUUACGCAGGUUUUGAGUUUUUCAGAAUCAAGUGAGCUGGAAGAAAACUUACUGCUGCUGGAGCUGGAUAACAAUCUUUUAGGUUUGCUUAAUAAUGGUGACAGUUUGGCAUUCAGGGGUGACAAAAAUGAUAGUGCAGUCAUGUGCACUAAGAACAAGACUUUUGAAGUUAAGACUGCUGAAAUAUCAAAUUCAUUAGCACUAGUACCUGAAAUCCUCUGGAGUCAAGACACAAAUGAUUCAAUUGAGGACAGAAGUCUCACCGAAAAGAAUGUUGUGAAAGUAUUCUAUGAGUACCUUGAAGUACGACCUUGUGGUCCACGUCUUCAGAAGUUAAGAUCAUUACUUGAAAAAGGACAGUAUAGUGGUCCCGAAUAUGAAGAUGAUAUCAAAGAGAGUGGUGUGAAAUUACUCACAUUCCAUGAUUUACUUCAUAAAAUACAGGCAAGCGAAGAGGAAUUAUACGCAGCCCUGAAAGAAAACUUUGCGUGCUGCAUUGAUGGUUUUUGGAGGUGUUUAGAAUUUAACUACCACUUCCGUGUACUCUCUUCAAUUCUUAGUCUUCUUGAUGAAAACUCGUGGCCAAUAAAUGGUGUGCUUCGCCAUGAAGUUUUAGAGACAUUAAAUGAUCUUGUCCCAGAAGUCAUACUAAAUCAUCUGAUGGACUGGUAUACUUCAGAAAACCCAAAUCAAAACACCUGCACUCUGAGAGAUGACAGAAUUUGCAAAGUUCUUGGUGAAGUGUUGCUUCGGCCUGCUGGAAAAUGGAAUUUACAAGAAUUUCUUACAGCUUGGCAACAAAGUGUACCUGAAGGAAUGGUAACAAAUAUGAAAUAUUUAGAAGGUAUUGCUAUAAAAGAUACCUCAUGCCAACCACAAGUUGUGCGCUAUUUUCCCGAAUGGGAGCUUCCAGAAGAUAUUGGCGAAAGAUUUAAGGUUUUGUUUCAAGCAAGGGAGAAGUGGACUAUUGAUGAUAUCCGCCCUUUUGUGGAGCGUUUGACCACAAGCAAGAUGAAUGUGAAUGCGCUGUUGACUAAACAUGCAAGAGCAUCAACAUUGAAUGGAACAAAGUAUUACAGCGCAAGACAUGGCAAAUAAUGUUAUCUGUAUUGUUUCCACCAAUUUUUCUGUACAGUAAGUGUAUUUCUCAUAAAUUUUAAAGAUAGCUGUAAUAGCUGCCAUUGUAAUUUGUACUUUGGUGCAAAGAAUUUUACAAGAGCUGAGCAAAUUUAGUAACAAUUUAAAUUAUA